ACUAGAUCUUCGAUCUCUUCCCUUCGCUACUCUAAGAAGAACAAAAUGGUGAACGUACCGAAGCAAAGACGAACCUAUUGCAAGGGCUCCAAAUGCCAAAGACACACAUUGCAUAAGGUUACCCAGUACAAAACUGGCAAAGCUAGUCUUUUCGCUCAAGGAAAGCGCCGUUAUGAUCGUAAACAAUCAGGGUACGGUGGCCAGACGAAGCCCAUCUUUCACAAAAAGGCAAAAACCACAAAGAAAAUUGUACUUCGUAUGGAAUGCACCCAAUGUAAGUACAGGAAGCAGAUUGCUCUGAAGAGAUGCAAGCACUUCGAACUUGGAGGAGAUAAGAAGCGAAAGGGACAAAUGAUCCAGUUCUAAGCAUCAUCUUCUUGCUAAUGAAUUGUGUACAAUAAAACUUGUUUCUCCAAACAA